AUGACCAACAAACCAGCUGCUUCAAUCGGGCUGGUUCCCGCUGGAAGGUCAGAGGACCUCAGUGCUGAAGACCAUGAAUACAACAGCUCAGCUUCGACCACUCCAGAAAUGAUGGCUAUGGAGGUUCGGGAGGCUAACAAAGUCUCGAAAAAGAGGACCGCGAUAGUCAUCAGUUGCAUCACUUACAGCACGGGCAUCACGACCUUUCUGGUCGGCGUGGUCACCAUGGCCAUACCUGCAAUCACUGCGGAUUUGCAAUUGCCAUCCAAUCUGGUCCUUUGGCCGGUCACGGUAUACUCGCUCACCUGCGGCUGUACGCUGUUGAUCUGCGGAUCUGUUGCCGACGUGGCAGGGAACUGGCUGAUGUUUCUUCUCGGCUGCUUCCUUCAGGGAAUGUCCACUCUCGCAUGCGGACUGGCCAGGACAGGCACCCAGAUGAUCGUCUUUCGCGCCUUUUCUGGCGUGGCGGCCUCCUUCUGUCUACCAUCUGCCGUGAGUCUGAUCAAUGAGGUGUUCCUACCGGGCACUAUCGGCUGGAAAUGGGGAUUCUUCAUCGCUGCCAUAUCGAACUUCCUCAUGUUGAUUGUGUGUGCCUGGCAGCUCCCGAAGACAUACAAAGACCCUGCCGCAAGCAAUAUCUUGCAGCAUCUUGCAUCUGACAUAGAUUGGGUUGGGGUGGCUUUGGCAAGUGCUGCUCUCGCCAUUAUAUCCUAUACCCUUGCAGCCCUCACAGGCAGUCCAUCCGCCAUCCGACUCCCGCAGAACAUCACUCUCCUCGUCCUCGCCGCCGUGCUGCUCAUCGCUUUUGUGCUUUGGGUAGGCCGCCAGGAACGCCUCAAUCGCCCGGCCUUGAUCCCAAACUCGCUAUGGAAGAACAAAGUCUUCUCAUGCAUCUGUAUCAAUGUCUUCUGCAUCUGGGCUGCGUUCAACGCCUUCGAGCAGUACCAGAAUUUCUUCUUCCAGGAAGUCCAACACGUCAGUCCGCUCGGUGCUGCCGUCCGUUUCCUCCCCGCCCCGAUCGCUGGCGCACUAACCAACGUCGUCGUCGGGCUCAGCGUGCACCGUGUCCGAGCCGACUGGAUCGUCAUCAUGGCCACCAUCCCCUGUGCGCUCGCGUCCUUACUCAUGGCAGUGGCCCAGCCCAGAUGGUCCUACUGGGCGUGUGCGUUCCUCGCCAACUUUCUCAACCCGAUUAGGGCAGAUGGGAUCUUCAUCGUGUCUAAUCUGCUGUAUUAUAACUAUUACUAUUUACCUUUUAGGUAUUCUAGUAGUUAG